AUGACCGGGUCAAUCCCCCGGAUAGUCAUGCUGAGGUCGGUUCCCCUCAUCCAGACAUGGAAUUUGUCGGGUUUGAUCGUGAAGCAGAGUCGGAUGAUGAGGUCAUGCUCAACCGGCUAGACUCGGAGCUUCAAGCCUCACCCUUCCCUUCUCCCCCUAAAGUGCCAGACACCCCAGGAACGACAAGUGCCCAGUGUACACCCUACAAUGAGCAUUUCCAGGGAAAGGCGGGCAAGUCCUCCAGUGAUGUAUUCGAGGAGGACCGGCCAAAUUCUUCUACGAUCCCCGAUGAGCUCCCUCUCAAAGAAGCCCAACCAUCCUCUUCCAGGGCAAAGUCCCUGAAAAGAAAGGGCUCUCACAAAUCUUCCAAGGGGGGAUCCAAGAGAAAGAAGACCAGUCGUCUUCGCUUGGAGGGGGCGUCUAUAGAGGAGGCCUUCCUGGCCUUGGGACAGAAACUUCAUGAGGCCGGUGCUCUGUCUGAGGAGAUGGGUUAGCUACUCCUCGAGCCUAAGGACCAAUUCUCCCACAUCAAUCUCCUUCUUGAAUCGGCAAAGGUAAAGAUCAAGGGUCGGGCAGAAAGAGAAAAAAGGCUGGAGGAGGAGUUGAAGGCCGAGAAGGCCAAGUUGGAGGAAGAGAGGGCAUUGACCGCCCGGUUGGAACGAAGGACCAGGGAGCAAGAGCUCAAGUUGACGCAGCUGGAGGAGGCGCUCGCCCGAGUGGAGGAAUCUUCCCGGGCAAAGGAGGAGGCAUUUCCCUCUGAAGCGGCUAAAUGGGCGGCCGACCAUCAUGCUGAGGUUUCCCGGUCCAUUUUAUCAGGGCCAGAGGAGACAAUGGCUUUCUUCCAGACCAUGUACAAGGAGCCGGAGGGAAAUAGGUU